AUGUCGAAGCUCAACAUUGACAAUCUCAAGAAAGGCAUUGCUGGAAUCCUCGAGGGCAGCAAGGAGAAGCAGCGAAAGUUCCUUGAAACUGUUGAGCUGCAGAUUGGCCUGAAGGACUACGACACCCAACGCGACAAGCGUUUCGCAGGCACCAUCAAGUUGCCGCACGUCCCGCGACCCCGCUUGAAGGUGUGCGUUCUCGGGGACGCAGUGCACUGCGAGCAGGCCCAGCGGGCGAACAUUCCCUUUAAGAGCGUGGAGGACCUGAAGAAACUUAACAAGAACAAGAAAAUGGUCAAGAAGUUGGCCGACAGCUUCGAUGCCUUCCUGGCAUCUCAGGUCUUGAUUCCACAGAUCCCACGUUUGUUGGGCCCCGGCUUGAACAAGGCUGGAAAAUUCCCAACACUGGUGCAGCAUUCGGACAACCUGGAGACCAAAGUCACUGAAGUGAGAAGCCAGGUGAAGUUCCAGCUGAAGAAAGUGCUGUGCAUGGGCGUUGCCGUCGGCAACGUCUCCAUGACGCCAGAUGAGCUGAGGCAGAACUGCCUCAUGGCGAUCAACUUCCUGGUGUCGCUGCUGAAGAAGAACUGGAACAACGUGAAGCGGCUUCACAUCAAGAGCACGAUGGGAAAGCCUUUCACCAUCUAUGGCUAG